AUGUUGGUAGACAGAGGUGGGUUGUGGUAUAGGGUUUUAGUUGUCAGGUAUGGCGAGUUAGGUGGCAGGUUGGGGGCCGGAGAGUUUCAUUGUUGGUGGUCGGAGGUGAGUCGUCUUAGGGUGAGGGAUGGAGAUGGUGGUAGCGGCUGGUUUGAGGAUCAGGUGAGGAGAGUUGAUGAUGGGGCUGAUACUUCGUUUUGGUCUGAUAGGUGGUUAGGGGAGGUUCCUCUUUGUGUGAGACUUAGUCGGUUGUUUGAGUUAACAGAGAAUAAGACUAUGUAUGUGGCAGACUUGCUCUCUGUUGAUUCGGAGCGGUGGGGGGAAGUGUGGAGGUGGAGACGUAGGUUAUGGCAGUGGGAGGAGGGGUUGCUAGAGGAGUGUAGGGCUUUACUUCUUGAUGUUUCCUUGAAUCCUAAUGUUGUAGAUAGUUGGGUGUGGCUUCCAGACCCAUCUAGUGGAUACAUAGUUCGAGGUGCAUAUAGUUUGUUAGUCUCUCAGGUUCCCUUGAAGGUUUCCGUUUUUGCGUGGAGGCUCCUUCGUGACCGUUUAUCGACAAGGACGAAUUUGAUUUCUAGACGGGUGCUAUCGCCUGACAUGUCCUCGUGCGUUGCUGGUUGUGGUCAUCCUGAAUCGGCACAACACCUUUUUUUAUUGUGUGAUACCUUUGGUUCGCUGUGGCAUUUGGUGCGAGAUUGGAUUGGAUGCUAUGGGGUGGACGCAGAUAAUAUUUUCGAUCAUUUUUUACAGUUCACUCAUUUGACAGGUGGUGGUGUUCUGCUAGACGUUCUUUUAUGCAACUAA